UAGUUCACACGGUUUUGGAAAACCAAACAGCCGGUUCGACCGACGAAGUACCCGGUAUGACCGAAGGAGGAUAAACCGUCAACGGCACUCGGCAGGUGCCCGCACUUGCGUCGUCUUCAUGGGCUCGGCUGUGCGGUGUUAGACGGGGUCGUAAUCCGGCUAACGGAGACGGGGCAGCGGCUAGCCGGUUGAAGCUAUGGCCAGGUCUGCUAGCUGCUGUUGUUGUUGUUGUUGGUGGUUAUUUGGCUUUUCAACAUUGCGUUAGCUCGGUCCUAUUCAGCCGCUAACGUUCGGCCGGUUUAACCCGGAGACGGUGCUCGACCUUGGGGAGGACGCUGUCAUGGAUUUGACGCGGCUGGCUGUGGAUGCUGGUCAGUUCAUCAACCGGGCGGUUCAGUACACGGGAGAGAGUCUCGGUCAGGCCGACAAGACUGAGCUAGAGCCCGGGUUGGAGGAGCUCAUAGCCCGGGUAGACGCCACCAAGACCCGCACGGACCAGAUAAUCUCCCAGACUGAGGUUUUGCUGCAGCCUAGCCCCGGAGCACGGUUAGAGGAUCGGCUGUAUGCCCAGCUGGAGUGGAGCGUCCCGCCUCGGCCUCGUGCACAUGAGUUAGUGGGAGAUCAAAUGACUCAGGCUGGGAUGGAGCUUGGGUCCAACACGCCCUAUGGAAGUGCACUGAUGAGAUGUGGAGAAGCUCAGAAGCAGCUCGGCGAGGCAGAGAGGCAGUUUGUCCAAAGCACCAACAUUCACUUUCUCACUCCUCUGCGAAGUUUCGCUGAGGGGGAAUACAGAGCCAUACAGGAUGAGCGUAAGAUGCUGGUGAAUAAGCGUUUGGACUUGGACAUAGCUAAGACCAGGGUGAGGAAAGCCCAUGAGGCCGAGCAAGAAGCCAGAAGCCUGAAUGCAAACCCACUGGACGACGACUACAUGUCUCACGUUUCCUACAUGUUCAGCUUCCUGCGUGUUAAAUGGCUAAAGAUAUGGGCUCAGGAAAUCUCUCAGGCAGAGAUGGAGCUGAGGAUCUGUCAGAGUCUUUUCGAUCGACAGUCAGAAAUUACAAGACGGGUUCUGGAAGGAAUCAGCAGCACUCAUACCAACCACAUGCGCAGCCUUUCUGAUUUUGUAGAUGCUCAGGCCUGUUACUUUGCUCAGUGCAACCGACAUGCUCAGGAGCUGCAAAAACAGCUGGCCAGCAUUCCUGCGGUCCUCUGCUCCAAUAACUGGCAGUCAGCAAUUAAUAAUGCAGCUAAUGAGCCAUCAACGAGCAACCAUGUAGCUAAUGAGCCCGUCGGGUUGAAUCAGGUCACUCCGAUGCCUGUAGUCGUCCACCAACUUCCAGACUUUGACCAGGACUCUUGGACUGUAAAUUCACCGUCCAAAACAGAAAAAAACACGAGGGAUUCCUCUUUAACCGCACUGCCAACUGACCAGCUGAACAACAACAAUAACAACAACACCUUCUCCACCUAUGGCCAGACAUCAGAGAUCAGCGGCCAGUCGUCUGACCUUCUUUGUACAUCGAAUCAAACACAUCCCCUCCAACCAGCCAGCAAGACGGACGCAGCUUCUUCCCAAACACUGACAUUCAGUGCUUCAGCAACCAGUGGUGCAGGUAGCGUGACAACAACAGCAGCUUUGCCACCAUCACAACCCACCUCAAGCGAGCCUCAGACAGCAAAUGCAGUAACUGUUGAGAGUGUGGCAGCCAAUGGCGCGGCUGCUGAUCCCCAAACAGCCAGUGAAACUAAGGAGCAGCCUAUCAUUAAAGAAGAAGAUGUCCAGGAGCCAUCAUCAGACGGCCAGGAUGUGCUUCAGUAGAGACAAGUGACAACGUCGACGCAGCUUCAGCUAAUGUGGAAAUCGGUGUUACUAACCCAAGAAUACAGACUGUAUUAGGAAGCAACACAAUCAUAAUAACAUGUUACGGUUAAACAGUUUAAUUAAUCCCGUAGGACAGAUAAUGUGAAGUGGUUGUAAAAGUGCUUAUUUUUCUAACCGUGUUAUAGUGCCACAAUAAUUUUAGCCUUUAGUAAUAUUCAUAUAUUAUUCAUGUUGUAUAAAAAAAACGAUGACUGUUGAGUAUCAGUCUUCACUUGUGGUAGUAGAUGUAAGGUCUGCUCUGUGCGUUAACAUUUCCCGGCUUCCGGGCCGGAAGACGAGGCUGACUGACUGUUAUAUAGUUGCAAUGUAAAGCUGUUUUCAGUUAGUAUUUGUGAAACUAACGAAAAUUCUUUAUUUUUACAUUUAGCUAAAAGAGCGAACUAAUCAAAGCAUUGUGCCAAGUGUAUGUGUGCAUAUCCGUCGGUGUGAGUACAUGAAUUGACAUGUGAGCGUCCCGGUCCACGUCUGUCAGUGACCCAUGUGCGCUUGUGUUUACAGCCAACCCCAAACCUGUGACACCUUUAAAAAGAAGUGCGGGCACAUGUUGUGACUCUGCCACCUCUUGACUCAUGUUUCUAUAAGGUGAGGUCAUUUUCCAUACUAAACACUGGGUCACUUCUCUUUAUGUGUGUGUGCUGGAGCGCCCAGGGAGGUGACAGCACACCGGCUUGAACGGGACCUUUAUGCUUCCUUGUAUGCACUCUGGGUGUUUCCCCAUGCAUACGCUCACAUUCACAUACUGAUUUUUUUUUUUUUUUUUAUCCUUUUACCCCCUUCAAGCCCCCAUUAGGUGAAAUGGGUAGAAGUUUCCACAUCCAGAUGUUGUUAAUUUUCUUCACGAGGGCAGCCCUGCUCCACUGUGAUGUGGGUGCACUCUGGGGACCCAAGAUGGAAACACACACAUUAAUGCAGCAUACUGAUGUAAUGACCCACCAGCGCUAUAUGUUUAUAUCCCAAAGAUGUGUGCGGGUUUGGAUCGCUGCAGUAUUCACAUUCUCACCGCUGCCAGUUUUUACAUGUAGUCAUGGUUCAGUCACGUGUCGUUGAGCUGAUGUCAGCGCGAGGUCGGCGUUUUUCACUCGAUUCAUGUGAAGAUGUGGAAAUAAAUAUGCAAACAGUGAUGUCAUGCCAAUAAGAAA